UUGUGUUUAAUUUUUGUUCAGGGAAAAUCCACAAUUAUUAAUAGUUUCCUUGAAAAGGACGAGACAUCUAGAAAAACGUUAGCUCUUGAAUACACGUUUGGUCGACGCAGUCGUGUUCCUUAUGCUCCGAAAUCCAUUGUGCAUGUAUGGGAACUCGGGGGUGGUGUGAAAUUUUCACAUUUACUUGAUGUGACUGUUUCGAGGGAUAACUUAUCAGUGCCACAAGAACUGUGGACGCACCUAACCCACCUACUUACCAGGACGGUCAUUAACAGAACGUUGCAGAGACUAAACAGUGAUCAUCCUGACCACGAAUUGAGGACUGUUUUUCCAAUUCCACUUGUAAUAAUAGGAAGUAAAUAUGAUUUAUUUUUGAAAUUUAAAUCAGAAGAUCAGGAGCUAAUUUCGAAAUCGCUGAGAUUUGUUGCCAACUUAUACGGAAGCGCACUCUUUUUUGCAAAUGCAUCUGAUGUCGCCAUUACGAAAAAAAUUAAGUCUUAUCUCUACCACUUGGCUUUUGAAUUUGCAAAGCCCAACAGCACACCAGUUUUUGAAAAUGGACCCUUAAAUAUCCUUCCAGGGCAGGAUUCAUUCAGCCUAAUCGGUAAGUGUCUAGAGUUUCUUGUUAUGUAUUUUAAAAUUAAAAAUAACCAUGAACUGGGUGAUACUUUUAGACUUGAGUGCUUCUUACUUGUAUCUCUGUUUUUACUUAUAAAAACUAAAGUGCAUUGUUGGACACGUAGUAUCGGAGAUACACGAAAAGCCGAGCCACAAUAG